GUCACAAUCUUACGAGUUACAACCAAAGAAGUUUGUUGUAUUGAAAAACAUCACGUAUUGAAUAGCAGCCAGAAUGAUUACAUUAGUUUUGUUAUUAUUUCUUGGCCGAUAUUUAGCACAUGCAGAACCUGCAAGUGUGGCACAGGAUAUUGUACAGACUGUGUCUAUUUUUUCAAAAAAAUAUGAAGAUAAAUUUGAUAUGAAAAUACGGAUAUACGAUGAAAUUCCCUGUGACAAUAGGGAAGUAUUAAAACUGGAAGGACUGAAUAUCAUGGAUAUUCAAGAUAAUUUGAUACAAAGUGACACCAUUCGUCAUGUAUCAUUUAGGAAUAAUUCAUUGAUAAAAGUUUCGCCAGAGAUUUUAAGUCGUGUGUCAAGAUUAUCAUGCUUGGAUUUAUCAAAAAAUAAGAUUAACCUUAAAAACACUAAUUUCAUAAAACACAGUACUGUUCGAGUACUUGAUCUGAGUGAUCAAACACCAGAAUUCCCCGAAUGGAGGUUUACAGAAGCCGAAGAUUUGAAAGAUAUUAGAAAGAAUAUAGAAUCAAUUACGUUUAAUAUAAUUGACAUGUAUUUGCCAAAUUUAGAACACCUUCUUUUAAAUGGCAAUGAUAUAAUAUCGUUACCAGAUACAUUUAGUAAAUCGUUUCCAAAAUUAACACAUAUAUAUUUGAACAAUAUUAAAGCCAUAAAUGUAAAUCCAGAUUUUUUUAAUGUUAUUCCGAAAACUUUGCGAGCUUUGCAUCUAAAAAAUAAUAAUCUAUCUAAUCUGACGUUAACAAAUAUGACAGGAAUAACAGAUUUAUAUCUCGAUGGUAACCCUAGUUUAAUGAACAUUGAAAUCAAUUCGAAAAAGUUGCUAAUUUUAUCGUUAUCUAAUGGAUCAGCUAUGGCUUCAAAUAUAAUUUUGCAUACACCUUAUUUAGAAUAUUUAGACAUAUCUAGAAAUAAAUAUUACUCUCUGCCUAUUAUUGAAUAUGAUAAUCUUCAAUCUUUGAAGAUAAUUUUACUUGAUUAUAACGAAUUUUCAAGUUUUCCUUUAUUUCGUUUUAACUUACCUAUUAUUAAAUUAUCAUUAAGUUAUAAUAAAUUAUUACAAAUUUCUUCAGAAAGUUUCGAACGUUUGACAUUUUUGAAAAUGUUAUCAUUAAGGGGAAAUCGAAUAAAACAUAUAGAAAGUGAUGCCUUUAAAGAUUUGAAUCACUUACAAUUUCUGGACCUAUCCGAAAAUCAGUUGGUAAAACUGCCUAAUGGUUGGGCUUUUUCACUGAUGAACCUCCAAUUUUUCAAUGUUAGCUCAAAUUAUUUUGAAAAAAUUUCUGAUUUAUCGGUUAGCUCAUUUAAUGCUAUAUCGCAUUUAUUUAUACUCAAUACUACUUUCAUCACAGACAUAAGUACCAAAGAUCUGGCCAUUUUACCAAAUAAAAUUACAGUAUAUUUACAUUAAGAACAUUAAGUUUCAACAUUAUUCGCAAUUUUAAUUGCUCAUAUAAACCGCUUGAAACAUUAUUUCUUCCACAUAUAAUUUCUAUUGAAUAGUAAAGUAUUAUAAAGUAUUAUAACGAUUACAUUUUUUAAUUACUUCUUUUAACAAAUAAGUCUUACUUUUUACAUUAUAAGUGUAAAAAAGAAAUAGGAAUACGUAACAUAAUAUUUGAACUGAUUUGUACAAGAUAAUUCGUUUUUAGCGGUACACGAGUUUUGCAUGAAAACAAUAUAUUCUAUAUUUUUUGAUUUAUUUUUUAAGCAGAAUUUUUAUUCUCUUAGUUCUGUAAUUAAUUAUGACUAAUUACGAAUUAUCUUAUAUAACUAUGUAUUAUUA